UUUCCAUCUCGUGCUCGAAAAUUUCACGAAGAGUAUGCUUGUUUCGAAUAGUGCAUGUAACGAAGAUAGUCGUGUUUCUGGAAGCUCUUAGAAAUGGCAUCAGACAGAGGAAUAUUUGUACAUUUAAUUGCUGGGGGUGCUGGAGGUACAGCUGGUGCAGUGGCGACUUGUCCACUUGAAGUGGUCAAGACCCGCUUACAGUCAUCCCUGGGAACGUCACUGACUGCAUCUCACCCCGCCUUUCGUCCUUCACACAAUACCGUGCUGGCCGCGCAUGCAGCUGGUAUCCACACCAGUCAGGGGGCUGUAUUCCCUCUGAUGAGAUCACCAACAGGGAGUCUAAGAUAUUGUCUGGCACAUAUCCUGGAAACAGAGGGUGUUCAAGGUCUCUUUAAGGGUUUAGGACCGAAUCUCGUCGGAGUAGCCCCCUCCAGGGCCAUUUACUUCUUUUCCUAUGCCAACAUGAAGACCUUUCUCAACUCAAGGCUAACCCCUGAUACACCAAUCGUUCAUUUCUUCUCGGCACUAACUGCAGGUUUCACCUCCUGCACUCUCACCAACCCUAUCUGGUUUAUAAAGACGAGGCUACAGCUAGAUCAAAAGAGGAACAAUAGGCUAACAGUGCGCGAGUGUGUCCGACAAAUCCACCAGCAACAUGGGAUCCGUGGCUUUUACAAGGGAAUCACUGCCUCCUAUUAUGGAAUGGCCGAGACAGUUAUCCACUUUGUGAUCUAUGAGGCUAUCAAAGCACGGCUACAGGAACAGUUUCCAGGGGAUCACUCCAAUGGAAACAAUUUCCUGCGAUGUAUGUUGGCUGGUGCAACGUCUAAAACAAUUGCAACUUGUGUUGCCUACCCACAUGAGGUUGCAAGAACAAGGUUGAGAGAGGAGGGAACAAAAUAUCGCUCAUUUUUCCAGACGUUAUUGGUGGUGUACAAGGAGGAAGGAAGAGCUGGGUUGUAUCGGGGGAUUGGAACUCAACUUAUUCGACAAAUCCCAAACACAGCUAUUAUGAUGGCCACAUAUGAACUAGUUGUGUAUCUUUUCUCAAAUUAAGUAUUAAGGAUGGUUAGCAUUCUGUGAUAAAAUGUCCAACCAGCAGGAUUUCAUUUCAGUCGCUCUCACAAAGGGAGACAUCAAUGGCAUCUCCUGUCUCUGACGUGAUGUGUUCAACAUAAUCUUUGUGCCAAUCUGUGAAUCUGAGAUAGUGCUAGUCAUGUAUGAAUGGCUUGCUGAAAAUAUUGCAUGAAAAUAUUUGCAUGUUCUACUGAAGAAAAGGUCGACUUUAAGUAUAAAUGUUUGGUUUUUUUCUGCAGUGACUUGACAAUUGUUGUUUACAAGGAAUGUGCCAUGUUAUGAAAUGUCCAUAAUUCAGCAACAUUUUUAAAUGAACCAGAUUUAAUGUAUCAUAUGUGAUGUGCAUUAGCUGUUUAUUUGGAGAAACAUUUAAAAAAAAACAUCUUUUUGCUCGAUAGAAGGAAAGACAAGUUCUAAAAGCAGUACAUUUAUUAAUUUAUCGAGUCAGUGUGUCAUUUAGAAUAUGUUUUGCUUUUUGUAAAUUAGAAGAGAGGUACUCCAUAAACAAAAUAUAAUUCUGACACUAAACAUAUAUGAUGAUUGCUUGCUCAGGAAUAUUUAUACCUGUAUCAAUUCAUGAAGUGUGAAGGUAACUUAAUGACAUUGCCCAGUAAACUUUCUUUUGUUAUCUUACAUCAAGGUGAAAAAUGUUUGUCCCUAUUAAAAUCUGAAGGAAAAAACUCA